GAGAGAGAGAGAGAGAGAAGGAGAGGAUGUCCAGGUUUGCUUCAAGUUAAACAGAUCAACUUGUUUUUCCUGUUCUCACAUUUCUCUAUUAGGUGUAAACAGAAGAUAUAACAGAAGGAGGUGCACACAUCUGAUACACGAUGGAGGCUCCCACAGUUAUCCCCAGAAAACACUCAAAGUUGCUCAAAGUUGUGGUGCCUCCAAAUGAAAAAACUGCCAACCCUAUUCCCAUAGUAAAUGGAGAAGACAGAGUGAAAACAAAUACACACCUGAUCCACAGAGAGAGAGAAGUUGAACUGGUGAAUCACUGUUUUGCUGAUGUGGAGCAUUUUAUGGCACGUCUGCAGCAGACGGCAGAGGCUCGUAGUGCUCUAGUGCAACGGAGCAAGAAAAAGAGUCGUAAAAAGAGCAACAAGAAAAAGAAAGAGCCAGAUGAUGACCUUCUCACACAAAAGGCAGCCCCGCCAUCGGAACAAGAGUUUGUGGAUAUUUUUCAGAAGAUUAAAUAUUCUCUUUGUCUAUUGGACCGGCUGAAGACAGAAAUCUCAGAGCCCACCUCAGAAGAGCUCUUGCACCAUGUCUUCAUCCCUUUGAACUUGAUGGUGAAGACCACAGGUGGUCCUGAGUUGGCAGCAACGGUCUCCAGCCCUGCUAUGACCAGUGGAGCGAUAUCACUAUUACAACAGAACCUUAAAGAGGAAGAGAAAUCUCUCUGGGCCUCUCUCGGGCCUAACUGGAACCUGCCAUACUCUCAACUCAGUGACACUGUGCCUCAAUACACACCUGUCUUUUUGGAUGGCUGGCAGCCUGAGACAUUAGAUGCCUAUGGACAACCAAUCAAGGAUCCCAUAGAGUCACAGCACAAACAGGAAGCUCUUAAAAAGGCACAAGGAACUAUCCAGCAGGAAUAUGAAGGGAUGCAAGACUCUAUGUUUCCUCAAGAAGAAAGGAUGUACCGCUGCAGUUAUGACUUUGUGGCACGGAACAAUAGUGAGCUCUCAGUACUACAGGGAGAAAACUUGGAGGUGUUAGAGUCAUCUAAGCGAUGGUGGAAAUGUCGGAAUGAAUAUAACCAAAUUGGUUUCAUUCCAUAUAAUAUCCUUGAGCCGAUCAAUCACACAGAGGUCGACUCUUCUAACAUAGUAAUGCGCCAUCAGUCUAUGAAAGCUCCUAUCUCUCCUCCGAAAGGUGGGCGGUUCUCCUACGCUGCACCACAUUCCUCGAGCGAAAGUGAAAACCGCCUUGAUCCCCGCCCCCACAGUAUGCCACCAAUUAGUGACGAUGGAGACAGAAGAGUAAUAAUGAUGAACGAUGAGCUUGUGCAGCGAUUGGCCAAGGGCAGAACAGCAUCAACACGCCCAGUGGUAAUUAAUAAAACAAAUGAGACAACCGCACCGCUGGACUACCACUCUCCUAUAGUUGAGGUUCAGGAGUGGCUCAAGGCCAAAGGAUUCAAUGAUUUCACUGUGCAGAGUCUGGGUGUCCUAACAGGAGCUCAGCUCUUCUCUCUGAAUAAAGAGGAGCUGCGUGCUGUUUCUCCCGAGGAGGGCAGUAGAGUCUACAGCCAGAUCAUGGUGCAGAAAGCCCUGCUGGAGGAUGUGCAGAAGGCCACUGAGUUGGAGUCCAUCAUGAACAAACAGAAGAUGAAAGCUGAUUUGAAAGCAGAUGGUGGACACUUUUAAUCAAACUCAUGUUCUCUCGUUCACUCUCACCCAUUCAGACAAGCAUUUAUGUUACUGCUUUAACAGACAGGUGUGGCAUGAAUCAAAAUCUUGUUAACCAUAAUGAUCUCUGUUGUUUUUAUGUCAUUGAUAGAAUAUAAAUUUCAUCAUUACUGCUUAACCUGACAUAUAGACAACAAAUCCUGUAUAUUCCUUUAUGUAUUGUAGAUUAAUUAUUAUUAAUAAUAAAAAACACUGGUUUUCAUAUUGUAAUUGUAUUGAAAUUUUAUCAUAUCCAUAUUUUAAAAAGACAAUUUUUACUAUUACAAUAUUGAACACUGCAGAGAUCUUUAAGCAACUUAUCAAUAUAGAACAAUUGUAAAGUAUUUGAUUGCAACUGAUAAUGACUUCUAAAAAGAUACAUAGGCCUAUAUUUGGUUUAGUCAUUUUCCAUGGCCUUGGCUGCAGUAUGUAUACUAUGCAUAGCAUUCUACAUGCAUAAAAUACCCAAUGUACAGUAUACAACCAAGAAGCUCUAGUAAACAACCAGAGCACACUGCUCCACACUGUAUCCCACAAUGCAAUGCACUUCCAUUUCCAGUAUGAUGAGUGAAGCAAUAUAAACUGUGAUAUUUAACAUCUAUGUUUUCAUGUAUUUUUUUAUUACACUUUGCCUAGCUUUACACAAAGUGAGAUUAAAAUGCAAAAAGUAAAAAUGUAAAAAAAAUAAGCAAACAAAUAAAUAAAAUAAACUUUUCUUUCCAAGAUGAUAACUGGACACCACUCUGAAAACAUACAACAGUGAGGUCAUGUGACAUCAAUGUAACAUACUACUAUGGUUUGGUUUGCACUACAUUCUAUUUCACAUACUAUACAAAAUGAGUAGGGUACAAUGGGGCUAAAGGUCCCAUGGGGUAAGAGGCACUUUUUAUUUUAUUUUCUCCCAAAACACUAAACAGCCACAAAAACUACCACAAUACUUUCCUUAAAGGGAUAGUUCACCCAAAAAUGAAAAUUCUCUCAUUAUUUACUCACCCUCAUGCCAUCUCAGAAGUGUAUGACUUUCCUUCUUCUGCUGAACACAAAUAAAGAUUUUAGAAGAAUAGAUCAGCUCUGUAGGUCCAUACAAUGCAAGCGAAUGGUGACCAAAAUUUUGAAGCUCCAAAAGCACAUAAAGGCAGCAUAAAAGUAAUCCAUACAACUGCAGUGAUUAAAUCCAUAUCUUCUGAAGCAAAAUGAUAUAAGUGGGUGAGAAACAGAUCAAUCUCCACUUUCAGAGAAUUUUCUUUGGGCUAACUAUUCCUUUAACACCUGUUUGUCACUAUACCUGAUCCAUGAGAUAAUUUCUCGCAAUGUCUAAAGGAUGAUUUUAAUGUAAUUUGAUCUAAUAUUUAAUAAUUUUUUUAAAUGUUGCAAAAUUGUUCGAGUCAAAAUACAUAUAUCAUUUUUAGUUUUGUUAAAGGUGCUUAAAUAAAAAAGUCUUAUUUUAAAAACUGUCUACUAAGUGAAAGGAUAGUAUUUGGGGCAAAAAGCAGAAAUAAUUUG